AUGGCCCGGGGCUUCAAGUUUGACUUUGAUGACCAGUCGACACCGCCGAAUAAUGUCGCGCCGCGCACGCCAUCGGGAACCGUUGCGUCAGCGCGCGCGAGCCUGCGCGAGCGAACGUUCCUCGCUCAGCUCCACGGUGCUGCUCCCUUUCACUGGUUCGUGACUCUUUCGUACUCGCUUCAUCUCACACCAUCACGAGCACUCUCCCCAUCAGGCUCAGGGGUCCUCUUAAAGCCCAAUCGUCGUGUGUACCGCUACCGCCUUCUUGCUGCGUCGUAUACCGCAAGGGGCUCCUCGGUCGCACUAUUAUCUCCGCCCUGGGUAUCGGACAUCAGCCAGGCGCUUCAGCCGAGGCUCGGGCUUUUUGUGUGGGUGAGCAGUAGCAGCUUGCGCUAUCGCAGCUCUAGUUCAUCACUCUCCUCCCGCACAACUUCGCUAAAUUGCUCGAUUCCCUUUCUCACUCCCUUCCCUCAUGCGUCACCAGCCAGUUCACGGCACUAUGCAGGUCUUCUACCUCGACGAUCCCGAGACAUCGCUUUACGCUCAGGCUGAACUUCGACAUGUCGUCGGCGAGAAGGCUCCCCCCAUCACCGACUCAUCGUUGCCCGAAGCGAGGUACUUCCCUCAGCGUACACCGUCGUCCUCCUCGUCAUCGUCCUCGUCCUCGUCGUCAGUUUCGUCAUGCAGUUCGAGCUCGACCGACUUUUGUUCGACUGAACACGACCAACAUCAUGCUGCGAAGUUGGCGUCUGCUGCCUCGGCCAAGGAGAAACCCCGAACUUGGCACCCGGCUUCGGCCCAACAGGAGCACCCACGUCACACCUCCACCACCUCCGCCGCUGGCAUCCACGAACCUAGGUCCGGUCGAGCACUUCACCCACUCUUUCCACCCUGGUGCUCUUUCACCAAGAUCCUCCCCAGUCCAACGACCCCCACCUCGUCCGCCUCGGCGCCCCCAAGGUGAGUCCGGCUCCCCCCCCACCCCCACUGCGAACGAUGAGGCAGUUCAGCCGCUAGAGGCUUUUUGGCCCGGUCGCCUCCAUAUCCGAGUUGACUAAAAGCUAAUGCACCACAUGAUUCGUGUCCGUGCAGAAACGCUAUCCAAAACAAUAGUGCAGACGUCCCCGACCCAUCAUCGUCACCUCGACCUCAUGUAGCACCCGCCCCGGUCCCGGUCCCGCUCAAGCGCAGCAAGCCCAUGCCCCUGCCUGUACUACCCCUGUCCUCGGCUACGGGCCGCAGCACCGCCACCCGUCGUCCACCAGCUCCGGGCUCGCGUGAAGCCGCGGAAGAAGCUCGCCGAGGUCGCAACCGCUGGCCACGUCUCCUCUGGAACUCGCAGCUCGAUGCCGAGGCGCUGAACGUGCUGCGCGCGUACCACGAGCGUGCCGUCGGUGGACCUUUGCCCAUCCUCCACCCCGACGAUAGUCCCAAGGCAGUCGCCGCAUGGAGUCGUCGUCUCGAAUCGGCUGGACUCUGA